UAAAUUUACCGAAUCUGAGACAAUAAUGGCAGAAUCAUCAGUCACUUUCACGAUUUCCACCGAUGGAGGCGGAAAGAUUAAUGUUAUCUACGACGGCUCCCACAAGACAAAUGCUACGGAUUCUUCUGUGAAUUCUGAGAGUGUGACUCCUUGUGAAUCACUCGAUACAACUAAAGAGUCCGAAAUGCUGAAAGCUGGACUUAGAAGACGCGCACCGUCGAUUUCUACAGAGUCAUCCGUCACAUUCAGUUCAAUUUCCGACUUUGAAGAUCUCAAUCUGCGCUGCUCGACUCCACUUGUCUGCGACGACGAUACUAAUAGUAAUUCCGAUGCUUCAUUCGCGUCAUGUGUCUCCGAAGUGUCUGAAAUGUCGAUCAAGACAACCUCUUCUCAAGAAACUGUCACUUCUGCGUCUGGGCUGAAGGAGAGUAAGCCAAUGGAGAAGAUGGAAGAGAAACGAGAAGUGAGAAUGAAGUCCUACGAACAGGUGAACAAGGAAAGAUACGGCGGCUGGACUGAAGUCGUCAACUGGAGAGCUGCGAAAAAGCCACAAAGUGUGGCUCCCUCGCAAAGUUCAACCAAGAAAACUCUUUCCAACAAUGGAACCACUACUGAUCAUGGUAUAACUUCUGCUUCACGCCGAACUCCAAACUCGACACAUGUUGCUUCAAAGCCUCAACUUAAUACGAGAGCUACAUCUGUCCAGGGGUCUGCUCCAUCCAGCGGCUCCAAAUCGCGUAUCCCGUCGUUGGCAAAUCGGCAGGUUUACAACAACUCUCCACAGCUGUUCCACCCUUUUCCACCAAGCCGCUGCAAUUCAUCCAACGGAUCAUAUGCAUCCACAGUUACAGCUUCUCCGAGCGUUGCUUCUUACUCUCCAAAUCCUUCUCAACCACCACCACCAGUGGCUGUUGCUAAGCUGAACAUGAAGAUGACCAUCACCACUGACUCGAAUGGAAAAAUGAGUGUUCAUUUCUCGAACUCAAACUCGUCGGAGUCCUGGUCUAUCAAUGGUCUUCUCGGAAAUUCCGACAAAAUCAACGUCAGCAAGAUGUUUUAAUCAUAAUCAUGAAAUCAUUGAAUCCCUGUGUUUUUGUUACUUUUUAUCCUACCAGCUGGACUGGCCAGAUUGACUGAAUCUUAUUGAUUCACUAGAAGUUUUCAGUUUGAAAAUAGUUGAAAUUCUUCUCAAUCUUUAUCGUUCGUUUUGUUCUUUUUUUAUUGCUAUGUUCUGUUCAAUUCCCCAUAAAAAUUUGGAUAAAAAUUUUAAAGGCCCC